AUGACGGACGCCUUCGCAGAAAUGAUGACCCCAACGAAAGGUUGCUUUUUUUUCUGGAAGUCGAAAGUUUGAAAAAUGUUUUGCGUUAUUUGGUAGCACGCAAAGAUUGAGAAGUUGCUUUAUUUUGCGCCCGACCCAAAACGACUUGCGUACGAUGUUAUUCAGGAAGUUGCUGAAUUUCAAUCGAUUAAUUUUUAACUCUAAGCCGGUAAAACUGGUUUACAAUUUUCUUUUUCCUUUUCGGUUUUAGUUUAAGUAAAUAAUAGGGUUAUGAAAAACCGCGAAGCUUCGAGCCAUUCCACGUGCGACCACUGAAAUUUCAAACAAGAAAAAAUAAUCAUACAAUUCCAUGAACUCUUAGAAACGAUGCCGGACACUAAUCAAAGGAAACAAGUUCUGGAAAGUGUUGCCGAUUUGUGUUUGCAACAGGGCGCAUAUUCAGCAGCGGCGAAAAAAUACACACAAGCUGGCGAUAAAUUGAAGGUUCUCCUACUGAUUUUUUUUCCAGUUUCCAACGGAAUUUUCAGGCCAUGAGAGCUCUUCUGAAAUCAGGAGAUGUGCAGAAAAUCCGAUUUUUCGCAAAUACCGCACGGAACAAGGAGAUUUUCAUCUUGGCUGCCAACUUUUUGCAGGUGAUUGAAAAAUAUAACAUUUCGAGUUAUUAAGUCUUUUGAAUAGGGUAUUACCGAAAAAGGCUAAUUAAAAAUAGAUUUCAGUCGACCUAAUGGCUUAAAAGUGAAGAUAAAGAAUGAAACGGAAUUAAAUUAAGAUCGAACUUUUUUCCUAAAUGAACGGGAACUUUUCAUCUUCAAAAUAUUAUUUUUCCUAUCCGAAUUUACCUAUUCAACAUUAUUAUAAAUAGAGUGAUUUGAUAAUAUUGAUGAUAGGACGAAUUUUUGGUCCGCAAACAUUUGUGAGCGUGAAUUGUGCAUACACCAACCUUUGCGGCUCGAAUCUUUGCAAACGAUUCUUGGGAAUAUUAACCUCAUUUUUGAGUUUGCAUAUUUUUUUCCUUUGUCCUUUUAUUGUGAAGAUGUCGUGUUUCAACCACAAAUGAACACUGUAUGAUUCUUUUUCAACUAACAUUUUAUCAAAUAACGCGUCUUUCUCGCACACAUGUAGUCAAAGAUUCGUUGCAGAACGUCUACCACAUUUUCAUUCACUCUGUAUACAUUCUCCAUCAACUUCUGUUCCCAAAAAAAUUGGGAAAACUUAUGAAAAAUCAGAAAAAAUGUGAAUAUUCCACCCUCACGAAUAUUCGCGGACCCAAAAUCGUUUGCAUAGAUUCGAGCCCCAUAGAUUGGUGUAUGCACAAUUUACCCUCACGAAUAUUCGCGGACCCAAAAUUUCUUCCUACCAUCAAAAUAUUAUAAUUAGUUCCUUUUUAUGCAAAAUCUUCUCAAAACUCGCCAUAUCAUUUUUGCGAGAGAUAAAGUGAUGGAUUUGCAAAAAAGGAGCAGAAGCUACUUCUCUUCUUAAAAACUACCUAAUUUUUAGACAACCGACUGGCAAUCGGAUCCGGCAAUAAUCAAGGACAUUGAGACAUUCUACACGAAGUCGCAGUCCUACGAACACUUGGCCAACUUCUACAAGUCUUGUGCUGUGGUGCGUUUUGAGUAGUAUCUUGCCUGAGCACGGCGUUCCCAAACGUUGUGGGGAGACAUCAUAAAAAUUGCAAAAUUUUAAAUCUCAAGUGCGCAGCCAAAAAAAAAAAACAAGUUCUUAGAGCUGAAUACUCAGUGUAAUUUGUGACCUAAAAUGACGUAUCGUGACAUAAUUUUAUCCGGAGCAAGUAGUUGCUUUUUUUGUAAAUUAAGAAAAUUUUGACGUCUCGCUCACCUUCUUUCACCUCUUUAGGAAUGCCGUGAUGGUAGGAAUGGAGAAAAAUAUUGGAAAAAUAGCCUCGGUUGUAAUUGAAGCACUUGCGCUUCAUGCUAAUCAAAUGUCUACAAAAUGGUUCAACUCAUUUAAUUUAUAGUAAUUUUUUCAUUGGGCUCCUUUUUCAUUCAUCUUUCCAGACAAAUUUUAAACUUUAGUGGCUUUUCUUCUUAUGGUUAGCUGCUUUUUUUAAAUUUAAAGUGAGACGGGAUUUUUUUGGCGGGAUUAGCAAUAGAGCACACAAGAAUUAUCCCUUUUAUGGCUGUUUCCUAAUUUUAUCGUCAUUAGAGCGUAAAGAGUACGCUUUGCUUUUUUUUUUCCCUCAGCUUCCUCACAGGGAAGGUCAUUUUAUUUUGCGAUUGGGAAUUUCCUGAAAAUUGGCCAGAACACUUCUUGAUGUACCAGAUGAAGAUCUUAAAAAUCUCAACCUGCACAACUUCCUAGUUUUCGAGAAAUAAGGUCUCGAAGAUAUGAAAUAGCCCACUUUUUUGGAUUUUGAGGGUUUCCUUUGAGGCGUCUUAUCUCAAAAACGAGGAAGAUGUGCAGGUUGAGACUUUCAGAAUCUUCUCCUGGUACAUCAAGAAGUGUCCUGGAAAAUUUUCAAGAAAUUCCUAACCGCAAAGUAAAAUGACCUCCCUUGUCAGAAGCUCGAAACGAAUUCUCUUAAGGCGAUUUUUAUCCCGAACUUGUUAGAAUUAGUCUAAUAAUUCAAUUAGAGCUGAGGAGGUCAAGUUUUGCAUAAUAGCCUCCUGCUGAUUUCUUCCAAACGUGAGCUUCUUUUUUAAUCAAACAGGCCACGUUGUUGGUUUCCGCUCUCUCCAAACAAUCAGUUAUUUUGUUUCCAGAUGGAGGCCGAAAACUGGCGCGCCUUCGAUAAGUCCCUGGCCGCCCUUGAUAUGGCGCUGGUUUGCGUGGAAAAAGCGAACGAAAAGGAGCCACGUGUUCGGCUCGAGGAAAUGAAGGCGGAGUUCCGAAAAUAUCAAGCGCAGCUCCACAUGCUCGCCACCGUCGUUGGGUCGGUAGUUUUUGGGCGCACGACGUCACGAAUUGUUUUGAUUUGAGUGUAUAACAAGACGGAAUGUGUUAUUGAUGUGCGGUUGAUAGUGAAAGUCAGAAACUAGAGCUGUACUGGUUUUUGUACUUUAAAAAUGGGUGGAAAGCUGGAAUGAUCAGUUGAGAAAUCAAAAUGUUGAAUUCUUCAAAUUCAAACCCUUGUUUAAUACAAAUUCACACCUGAAAUCAGUAUUUCGAAAAAUAAUAUCGCUACAAUGACGUGAUUAUUUUUCAAAAUAAUAAAAAAGCGCAAAAGAGCUUACGGCAAGCCGAAUUCCCAAGCCGUCUCCGAUCCAAGUACUACCGGCUCUCAACGUUGCUUAACUUGCCAGAUCGGACGGGAUGGCGUGUUUUCAACGUGAUGUGGUCGUAAGCGAGUGCGGGGGCGCGUUUUGCAGAGAUAGCCUCGUGCAGGGAGAUAGUAAGAGUAUACAUGAGGAUAAAAAUGAUGAUAAUUCGUGUUGUAAAAAAUUUUUUGAGGUAAACAUCAAAUAAUUCGAUUUUUCAGAGCUCUUGAAGCCAACACAGCCGAUGGAAUCCGACAAUUGACUGCCUUAGCUGAAGAGUCUGGGGAAGACGAUAUUGUGCCAUGCAGUCGGAUUUACUCGAUGCUCAUUGAGGAGCACGCAAUGAGGAAGAAUUGGAAUGCUGUUGGUAUUCCCGCACAUUUCAAAAAUUUGGCUAAAAAUUUACAAAAUUGGAUUUUAAAAAAAAGUAUUUCGAGGCCCAUCGUAAAUUCCUUCCGUUUUUAAAACCACACAUAUUUCAAAUUUAACUUAUUCCAAUCUUCCAGUUCAUGAUAGGCUGCAAAACCUUUUUUUCAGGCAUACCGAGCCAUCAACAAUUUGCGAAAGAAACAGCCAAACGCCGACUUGGAGCAGUACGUUACUGCAGCUGUUUUGGACCAAGUUUGAUAAAUUUUCGUGGAAAUAAAAAAAACUUUGUCUUCAACAGGUUUGCGAUGAGAUGCGGGUCGAGAGGAUCACAAAACAAAAAACGGCCGUCGAAUCGGAUGGAGAAGAUGAAGUCGACUUCUCCCACGCCAUGCAAAGGCAGCAAGCCUUGCGAUGA